AAAUUGUAUAAAUGUUGUGUUAAAACUAAUAGUGUGUUUGAUUAAAAAAAUUAUAACAAAAUUGUUGUUUUUAAUUAUUUUUUAUUAAUACUUUGAAAGUCAACUAUAAAUAGUUGUUUCCACAAUAAAAAAAAUAUUUGUCAAUAAUUUUUUAUUUAAUUUUAUUUCUUCCUAUAAGUUUAGUUUUUAGUUGAAACUGUUAUACAAAUAUAAAACUGUACUUUUGAAGUGUGAAUCAAAUUCCUGGCAAUUUUUAAAAUGUUUUUAACGAUUUCCCAAUUGUUGAGUAUUUCUAUAUUAGUAUUAUUUGUGGGCUUUAUAUCGGCACAAGUGGUUGAUUCGCAAGAAUCCGAUAAGAAUCGUGAUGAUGCGCUACAAGACAUUAAUAAUCGGAGACAUAGUAUUAAAUAUGUGAUGAAUGUAUUGAACCGAUUGGACCAUAACUUGGAAAAUAUGGAGCGUCAACAGAUUUCCAAAAAUUUUAUUAAAGUCGGAAAGGAUGGCUGUAUUACUGGUAUUCCCGGUGCUGACUGUGACCACGAUAUUGGGCCGCCAGUGACCGAAUCGCACCGCAAUCCGGGUAAACGUUCCGUUAAAUGCUUGAUGUUUGGUGCCAACUGUCCCGACAGUGAUGAGAACAUCAAUUAAUAUAAGAUAUACUUUUGAUAAAUAGCCCGGUGCUAAAUGAUUGAUUCAUUAAGUUAUUUGGAUAUUUAAAACAAUCAAAAUUUGUUUCAAUUUAAACAUCUAUUUUCAUACAAUUAUUAUAUAAUCAAAACUACAGUAUAUUAAAUAAAUAGUACUUUAAAUUAUAAUGUUGAGC